AGUUCCCAGCGUGUUGUUGCAGCGUCAUUCUGUUUGAAUGAAGUUCAGACUGAGAACUAGCCAACUCUUCAUUCGCGCCCCGGUGGAUUGAAACAGGGAAAAACGAAGAGUUGAGGAAGCAGACGAUUGCCAAAUAUGCCGGUGUUUACAGUAAAUGUGAAAUGGGGCAAAGAGAAGUUUGAUGCAGUAGAGCUGAACACUGAGGAGCCUCCCAUGGUGUUCAAGGCUCAGCUCUUUGCCCUGACAGGAGUUCAGCCAGACAGACAAAAGGUCAUGGUGAAGGGAGGCACUCUGAAGGAUGAUGAGUGGGGGAACAUUAAACUAAAAAAUGGAAUGACUCUGCUGAUGGUGGGCUCUGCUGAUGCCCUGCCUGAGGAGCCUGCAGUCCGGCCCAUGUUUGUAGAGGACAUGACUGAGGAGCAGCUGGCCUCAGCGAUGGAGCUACCUUGUGGACUGACAAACUUGGGCAACACCUGUUACAUGAACGCCACAGUGCAGUGCCUGCGCUCUGUGCCUGAGCUGAAAACUGCACUCAGAAGGUAUUCAGGUGCUCUGAGAUCUUCAGGUGCAAAUGCACCAUCACAGUACAUCACAGCAGCCCUCCGUGACUUGUAUGAGACGAUGGACAAGACCUCAUCCAGCCUCCCUCCAAUUAUUUUGCUGCAGUUCCUUCACAUGGCCUUUCCACAGUUUGCAGAGAAGGGAGACCAGGGACAGUACCUACAGCAGGAUGCCAAUGAGUGCUGGCUGCAGAUGAUGAGAGUACUUCAACAAAAGUUGGAGCCAUUAGAGCCAGAGACUCCCAUGGAGACUGACUCUGAGAGUGGAGCUACUUCUGCCUCUGCUUCUUCAAAGAAGAACUUCAUCGACCAGUAUUUUGGUGUAGAAUUUGAAACUUCUAUGAAAUGCACAGAGUCAGAGGAAGAGGAGCCGAUCAAGGGCAAGGAGAGCCAGCUCCAGCUCAGCUGCUUCAUCAACCAAGAAGUCAAAUACCUUGCAACGGGUCUAAGACUGAGACUGCAGGAAGAAAUCACAAAAAUGUCCACAACCUUGGAAAGAAACGCUCUGUAUAUAAAAUCUUCUAAACUCAGCCGCCUGCCUGCCUACUUGACGGUUCAAAUGGUCCGGUUUUUCUACAAAGAGAAAGAGUCCGUCAAUGCAAAAGUCCUCAAGGAUGUCAAGUUCCCUCUCAUGCUGGAUGUGUAUGAGCUGUGCACCUCAGAAGUCCAGGAGAAAAUGCUGCCAAUCAGAUCAAAGUUCAAGGAAAUGGAAGACAAGAAACUAGAGAAACAGCAGCAGAAAGUGGUGAAGAAGCCAGACACAGCAAAAGAAAUGAAAUAUGAGCCUUUCUCAUUCCCUGAUGACCUUGGCUCAAACAACAGCGGGUACUACGACCUGCAGGCUGUUCUGACACACCAAGGGCGCUCCAGCUCAUCAGGUCACUAUGUGGGCUGGGUUAAGAGGAAAGAAGAUGAGUGGGUCAAGUUUGAUGAUGACAAGGUGAGCAUCGUGUCUCCAGAGGAUAUCCUGCGACUGUCAGGUGGCGGGGACUGGCAUAUAGCAUACGUUCUACUGUACGGCCCACGGAGACUGGAAAUACUUGACGAGGAUGAACAGUAGCAGUGGAAGAUUUCCUAAACAAAGACAACAUCCAACACGUACAAAUUGCCAUUUCCAAGCACUGUCUGCAUAGAUGUGCAAUAAAACUGGUGUCUUUAAAGA